GUAGAUGGCAGUAAGUGUCCUAUAUGUUGUGUUGUGUUGCAGCCAUAACUAAAGAAGAACCUGUCUAAACCUCACGUGAUUCAAAACAAACAGAAAUAUAAACAUCUAAAGAAAUAAGUAUAUAUUUGACUGUAUCAGCGAACUGAAACCGAGUUAUAUAUAAGUUGUAAAAAUAAGUCGUAUAUUACGAUAUAUACAAAAGUAAUGAUGGAUUUAGACUUGUGCAGCUUCGGUUUGUGACUGAUGAAUGAAUUACAUGCUUGGCUACAAGACUAUAGUAGAGUUGCAAAGAAUACAAAGUAACCUUGACAAUACUAUAAAAAAAAUCGAUUAACCAUGCGGAGAAGACCACAGUCUGCAGCUUUAACUCCGGCAUAUUUGAGGACUGGGAGUGAGAAAACAGUUUCAGCAGCAGCAGCACAGUCCCAGUUUCACACAGAUCUCUGGCUCUGUUUCACUGUGCAAAACUGGAUAUUGGACUUUGGGAGGCCAAUUGCUAUGAUCGUAAUGCCUCUAGAAUGGUUUCCUCUAAAUAAACCAAGUGUUGGAGAUUAUUUUCACAUGGCAUAUAAUGUCAUUACACCAUUCUUAUUACUGAAGCUGAUUGAGCGGAGUCCCACGGCCCUUCCUCGCUCAGCAGUUUAUCUCAGCAUCAUCACUUUUGUCAUGGGAGCCAGCAUACACCUAGUGGGAGACUCUAUUAACCAUCGUCUCAUCCUCAGUGGAUACCAGCUUCAUCUUUCUGUCAGAGAGAACCCCAUUAUCAAGGAUCUGAAGCCUCCCUCACUGAUUGAUUCCUUUGAGCUUCUGUAUUACUAUGAUGAGCACUUAGGGCAUUGCAUGUGGUAUGUCCCAUUCUUCCUCAUCCUCUUCUUGUAUUUCACUGGCUGCUUUACACAAGCUAAAGAUGAGAGGAUGCCUUACUCAGGUUGGCUGCUACUUGGCCCUAGUGCAGUGUACUAUUGGUAUCUGAUUACUGAGGGGCAGAUUUUUGUUCUGUAUGUCUUCACCUUUUUUGCCAUGGUUGCCACUGUGAUGCGCCAGAGGCGGAUGGGCUUCAUGCUAGACAGCAAUGGCUGUUUCCUCUUCUAUAACUUCAUCAUUACUCUGGGGUUAGUUCUGGUUUGGGUCGCAUAUCUGUGGAAUGAUGAAGUUUUGCGCAAAAAGUAUCCCGGUAUCAUCUAUGUCCCUGAGCCGUGGUCCUUUUAUACCUUACACAUCAAAGGCAGUUAAAUAACAACAGUAAAUCUGAGCUACAUUUCCGUGACGUUUCUCUAAUAAACAGAGUUUAAAUAUGAGUUUACCCAAGUUCAAUGACAUUUUGAGCGAAAUUAAAAACAUUUGCUCUUGAAUUCUGGUUAGAGACUUUUUUAAAGGGGUCAUGAAUUGACAAAUUUUCCUUGCGCUCUUAACAUACAAGAGGUCAUUGUACUAUAAAAAUAUCUUGUAAUUUUCAGAACUCAAAACUUCCUCUUAAGUCCAAAAAUUUGAAUUUUAUUGAAACCAAGUUGCCAAAAUGACUUGUUUUGGAUUUUGUCACAGUAUUACGUCACAACGCGACGAAAGAGCACCUCUACAGAAGAAAAUCAUGUCAAUACGAGAGACGCAAACACAGGAUUAGUCCAGCAACAAUAGAGAACAUAAAGAACUCUGCUUUUGUUGUUGUCUUGAUCUAAGCCAUUCGCUGCAAUCCUGAAUAAAAGCUUCAGUGAGUGACAUCUUCUGUUUUGUCAUCAGUAAGGCAUUACUGCAAAUGACAAUGUAUGCAUUUUUCACUUAAUUGAAAAGAUUGAAUGAUGAAUAGCCUAUAAGUACAACAGUGCGACAAAUGAUGGUUCAUUCAUUCAUAAUUCCGUUUUCACGAAACACUGUUAAGUUAUCAUUUGUCAACUACAAAUCCAAGUACCUGCUCCAAGUACCAACUCCAAGUACCUAAACCGUAUUUACCACAACCAAGACUUAUGUAAAAGUAAAAGCAUAUGUAAAACACAUAAAUGUUUCAAAUUGUUGGCAAAUGUUUCAAAUAUGUAACAAGAUAUUUUUAAACAUCGGACAUUUUCAAAACAAUUCCACACGUGUAACGUUGAAAAUUAUUUUAAUAUGCAAAAUUGCUACCCAAUCAGAGCAGUGGGCGUUUACUUCCGAGUUUUGAAUGCGGCACACCCAUCAACAUGGAGUGUUUGAAAGAGAGGGUCAAAAACAGGAUAGAAAAUACCCUAUUACUUGUAAAUCAGAAUAUCUUUUGAUGUAAAAAUCAUUAUAAAAUAAAAACAAAAUAAAAUAAAAAAUGCAGUUCAUGACCCCUAAGUUCCAGUGUUACUUACUCCUUGUGUCUUCCCAAGGCAAACUAUAUGUUUGUCAUUUUGGUAUAUUGAAUAAUAAAGACAUUUCAUCAUUGUGGCUUACUGUAAAAUUGUUCCUUUUAUGUCCUUGUUUUAUCUAAAUAAAGGUUGUAUUCCCUAAAUAUA